CUUGUCUCUUUCUGUCCGCUGAUCCCGCCAUGCUUUCAUUUCUCACUCUCACGCCCGUGAUCCAGGAAGCUGAAAGUUUCCUCUUAGAGCCGCGAAUCCAGGCAUAGUUUCGGUUCAGGUCUCCUCUCCGUCUUCCCCUGGCCGAGGGGAGGGGAGGGGCUCCCGGUGCAGUGUCGUCGUAUCGGUGCAGUGCAUCGUGUUACUCGCGCGCACCCUCGGGUGCUGAUCGCCUGCCAGCCGCUGAUUAUGAACAGCCUUCCGGCAUACUCCGGGGCGCGGAUAUCGGGCUGCUGGGCUCUGCGCUCGGACGGCAGCAGCAGCAGUGAGGAUUCCUUAGACAGGCUCUUGCCCCCCGUCAGCACAGGCCUGUCCCCACGGAAACGCACUACCAGCCAGUGCAAGUCUGAGCCCCCCCUGCUGCGGACCAGCAAGCGGACGAUCUACACGGCGGGACGGCCGCCCUGGUACAACGAGCAUGGCACGCAGUCUAAGGAAGCUUUCAUCAUCGGGUUGUGCGGCGGUAGCGCCUCUGGGAAGACCACAGCGGCCCAGAAGAUCAUCGAAGCCCUGGAUGUGCCCUGGGUGGUACUUCUGUCCAUGGACUCCUUCUAUAAGGUUCUCACCAAGGAGCAGCAGGCCUUAGCCGCCAGCAAUGACUACAACUUCGACCAUCCAGACGCGUUUGACUUCGACCUCCUGGGGGCAACGCUGCUCAAGCUGAAGCAGGGGAAGAGUGUGAAGAUUCCCGUGUACGACUUCACCAUACACGGGCGGCAGAAGGAGUGGAAAACGGUAUAUGGAGCCAGUGUGAUCAUCUUCGAGGGUAUCAUGUCCUUCACAGAUAAAGAGAUCCUGAAGCUCCUGGACAUGAAGAUCUUCGUGGACACUGAUUCGGACAUCCGACUGGUGCGCCGGCUGCGACGUGACAUCACGGAGCGUGGCCGCGAGAUCGACGGCGUCAUCAAGCAGUACAACAAGUUCGUGAAGCCGGCCUUCGAGCAGUAUAUCGAGCCCACCAUGCGCCUGGCGGACAUCGUGGUGCCCCGCGGUGGGGGCAACAUGGUUGCCAUCGACCUGAUUGUCCAGCACGUGCACAGCCAACUGGAGGAAAGGAAGCUCCGCUGGGAUAUGGCAGCCCUUGCUUCGGCCCACCAAGCCCAGCCCCUCCCUGAGACCCUCAGUGUACUGGAGAGCACCCCCCAAGUCCGGGGUAUGCACACCAUCAUCAGGAAUAAGGACACCAGCCGGGAUGAGUUCAUCUUCUACUCGAAGAGGCUGAUGCGCUUGCUCAUCGAACACGCCCUGUCCUUCCUGCCUUCCCAGCCCCACGUCGUCAAGACCCCCCAGGGACACGACUACGAAGGCAGGACUUUCCACGGGAAGAGGAUCACAGGUGUCUCCAUCCUGCGUGCGGGAGAGACUAUGGAGCCGGCACUCCGGGCAGUGUGCAAGGACGUCCGCAUCGGCAAGAUCCUCAUCCAGACCAACCAAGACACAGGAGAACCGGAGCUGCACUACCUCCGCCUUCCCAGAGACAUCAGCGAGGACCACGUGGUCCUGAUGGACUGCACCGUGUCCACUGGGGCCGCGGCCAUGAUGGCUAUACGCGUUCUGCUGGACCACGACGUGCAGGAGGAUAAGAUCCAGCUGGUCUCUCUGCUGAUGGCGGAGAUGGGGGUGCAUUCUGUGGCUUACGCCUUCCCUUCGGUCAAGAUUAUCACCACCGCCGUUGACAAAAAGGUCAACGACCUCUUCCACAUAAUCCCCGGGAUCGGAAAUUUUGGGGACCGUUACUUCGGCACGGACGCCCCAUUGAACUGGAGCGACGACGAGAUGGACGAGCCCAGUUACUGAAGAGAGGAGCGGUACAGGGAUGGACUGGGACAGCCUGCCUUCACUGGUACCAGUGGGAAUUGUGUGGAGGACCAGCCCCUUGGUCUUGAUUCAAGGCAACACAUGAGCAGUGUUACAGCUAAGACUGUACAUUAUAUAAAUAUAUCAAAUGUACAUAUAUUUUGGUUUUAUUACAAAAAAUUGUUUUUGGAUACAUAUUUCUGAAAUAUGUAUGCUUUGUUAAAACGUUUUUGACUGGUUGAAAUGUAGCUCCUUUAAGAUGAGAAAUGUGCCCUUAUAAGGAAGAAUCAGUCAUUGAUCCCUUUUCCUGACAGCCUUGACAUCUGACAGGUCUUCGUUUUUAGUUUCGUUUUAUUGUGCUAUUGUGUGAAAGAUGUGCUUAGAUUAAAAAAGAAGAAAAAAAAAACCUUACAGCAAAUGCUGAAAGUUGCAUCUACUACUGCGUUCAAGGACCACCGCUUCGGAAAGUACGUGGGCGUGAGUGUGUUUUAAACCUUGUUGUUUACUAAACUGACCAAACUAGUUCUUCGAUCGGAGGUAGUCAACUUUUUUUUAACAAACAAAUUCUCAAGAAUUUCUCGGGAAGGUCAAGCAUAUUUAUUGCAAUUUCCCCUGGACACAUACAAACCCGAUCCGUCCAAAAUAUUUCAGUGUUUAAGGAAUUAAACCGCAGAACUGACUCCAUAUACCCUUCAUUGGUUAGUUCUGUUUAUCUUACGCAAGUCUGCUUUGAUUGGUCUGUGAAUGUUCGCUUUUGUUGAUCUGACAUGGGUUUUUGUGAUCUGGAGUGAGGAAGACAAGGUCACCUUGCUAUCUCGGAGUCUUCCGGCGGCAUGCUGACGAUCAUUCGACAACCAAACUGUCGGGUUGCGUUCCGCUGGUUCUGUUCUGCUUCAGUGCAUAAAAUAUAAAGACAAUCACUCAUGCAAAAAAGCUUUUGUGAUUUUCCCAAAAGCACCAUUGGUUUGCUUAUGUUAUAUUAAGAAAAAGGUUUUUUUUGUUUUUCUGUUGUGCAUUAUUCUUUCCCUGCAUGCAGACAGCUGACCCGAACCUCCCAUCUCUGUUGCACUAUAUUUACCAAAUAUGGGGUGGGCUUGUAAGGCCAAUCGGAAAAUUCUUUUAUCUAGCUGCUGCCCACGGAUUUGCGUACUACUUAACGGAAUCUCCUUUUAACUCUCGCAUCCUUUCAUACCUGCGUUUCUGAUGCUCAAGUGCGUAUUUAUCGAUGCGUGUUUAUUUGUUGCUUGCAAAUUAUUUUGCAUUAAAAUUAUCACACAAUU